CUGGAAAUCCCAAAGUCCCAAGCAUUCUGGAUAACCGGUCCCAUACCUUUAUAAAGGUUGUUCUUUGCAUGGUAGAGGUAUUACAUGCAUGUGUGCCUCUGGGAUACCCUUGUUUUUAAUUUCACAACUUUUCUAGUCUUUAUAUUGUUUAUAAACAUUUGUCAAGCCUCCUUAUAUAUAUUCUUUUUUAUGACCAUAUACUCCGAUUUUAUCCAGUGUUUGUGAAUUGCAGAUGGGCUAGCCUGCAUCGGGUUAAGCAUGACAUGAAGAAGGAAGAUAAAUGGUGGACUGCAAUAUCCAUCAGCUGGAGCAGGUGAAAUAGAGAUUUUCAUAGGGCAAUGCACCAUAAAGAUCUACAGUAUAUAGGACAAAUGGCUAUAAUGAUUGGCAGGUAAAUGGAUUCCUGCUUCUUCCUGGGUAUUUGUGAGAGUUCUACUCAUCCACAAAGUUUAUAUUUAGAAAGGAUUCUCUGAUGAACAAAGGUUGAUCAAUCUGUAUUCUAUGUACUUUUCAAACUGCUGCUCAGGCUCAACUGGCACAUGCCACUCAGCCACCAGCUCUCAGGGUCCAACUGUCACAACUGUCAUUUAGCCAGUUUGCAGAGAUAGCAGGAGCUUGUGAGAUGGAGAGAAAUUUUGGAGAUAGAUGUGCUAGGAGAGGAGAUUUUUUUUUGCAGGAAAGUGAGUUUUCAGUGAAGAAGAAGAUGAAGAAGAAGAAGAAGAAGGAGGAAGAAGAUCCUUCUUGGAAAAUGAAGAAGAAGAGGAGAUGUGAGAGUCCAGUGGAAGAACCAGCUGUGGGAAGAUUCGGAGAUGGAAGUAGAAAGAGGUAUCCUCUGAGAAGGAAAAGAUCUCGAAGUCCGGAGGAGAACCCAGCUGUGGAAAGAUACGGAGAAAGAAAGCAGUAUCCUCUGAGAAGGAAAAGAUCUAGAAGUCCGGAGGAGAACCCAGCUGUGGGAAGAUUCGGAGAUGGAAACCGAAAGCAGUAUCCUCUUAGAAGGGAAAGAUCUAGAAGUCCGGAGGAGAACCCAGCUGGAGGAAAAGAGAAGAAGAUUAGAGAGGACGCAUCGGCGUACCUAGACAUUAACAAUUACUGCCUAUAUAAGGAGUUAGGCAAAGGCAGCUUUGGCAAGGUGGUGUUGGCAUCAUAUACCAUCAAGGACCAACUGACUGCUAUUAAGAUCAUCGAGAAGCAGCGGGAGGAUGACUUGAAAUAUGUCAGGAGAGAGGCAUCGGUUCUCCAGAUUGCUAGCAGGUGCCCAUUCCUAUGCCGGGCAAUGGCGACUUUCCAAACUCAGUCGCUGAUCCUGCUAGCCCUGGAGUACGUCAGUGGCGGCACUCUGCAGAACAUCAUCAAGACCCGGGGCCAUCUGAACAGUGAGCAAAUCCUGUUCUAUGCUUCAGAAAUAGUGGUGGGUAUAAAGUUCCUGCACAAGAAUGGGAUCGUUCAUAGAGACCUCAAGCCGGAGAACAUAUUGGUGGAUGACCAGGGCCACAUAAAGAUCUGUGAUUUUGGCCUUGUCUGCACCCGUAUGUAUGGAGAGAAGACGCGGUGUGGCUAUUAUGGAACACCAGGCUACACAGCACCACAGGUUUUAUCAGAGGAGGAUUAUGACGCUGGAGCUGACUGGUGGUCAUUCGGCGUCAUCUUGUAUGAAAUGGCCACCGGUAAAUUACCGUUCUCGCCGAAGGGAACCCUGGAACAACAGGCAGAAACCAUUAUCAACGGAGAGCCUGAGUAUCCAGAUUCCCUUUCUACCACCCUGCGGGACCUCAUAGAGCAGCUCUUGAAGAAGGAGGCCGACCAACGCCUUGGGGUGAAUGGCAACAUCCGGCAUCACCCUUUCUUUUCCACUCUCAAAUGGAAGAGAGUAAAGAAGAGAAAACUGGAGUCUCCCAUAAAACCUAAACCAGCUAAGGGUCUCGUCAAAAAAGACAUCUCGUUCCCGAAAGAGAACCCGAGCGAGACCCGCAUGCUCAAGAAGUUCAAUUACGUGGACCCGAGCUGGCUGGAAUAAUGCGUCAAAAAAGCCGUGCAACAUACCACCAUGACACCACUAGCACCUCCACCGCUUCAUCCUGCAACAUCGGGUAAUGUAUAAUGGCAACAAGCAAGGUGAGCAAAUACUGUAAUUACCAUCUUACUGUCCAGCUCUACCUUAUAAUUCCAACACCCAAAGAGGAUCUUCUCCCCGAAAUACAACAUCUUGCAGGUUAUUAGCACUGUGGCCGACAUCACCAUAGAAAGCACUUACAGCUGCAUUUAUUAUCCCAAGUGCUUUCAGUGCCAAUACCAACUUAUGCAGCUUUGUUUUUCAUGUUCAUAGUUUUAUACUUUUUAAGUUAAAAAACAAAAACAAAAAAAAACAAAAAAAAUUCCCCCCAUCUUCCCUUGUUAUACUACCCCAUCUUCCCAUGGUAACCAUUCCCAUAAGCACAGUCUGUGACCUCCAGGCUUUAUCAUUAUCUGUAAUGUCAUCAGAGGGGGGGAUAGGGGUGGGCAUAGCUAGUGGUUUGUGACUGGCUAAUUUGUAAUCUGUGGCCAGUCACAAGCCACCAGCGGUUCCCCUCUACUGACAUCACAGACUACAUGCUCAACUACCCAUCCAUUUAUAUCCCUUACCAAGCAUAGCCUGUUCCCCCCAGGUCUUAUAAAGCACAACCUGUUCCCCCCAGGUCUUAUAAAGCAUAGCCUGUUCCCCCCAGGUCUUAUAAAGCACAACCUGU